UGUUAAUUCUGAUUGGCUGUUCACUCCAAACAUAAUCACAUGACAAGCAGCUACAAACAGAAGCAGGAAGAACAAACGGAUCCAGGAUGACAUCAGCCUUCCUGUGUUUCCUCCUGGCUGGUCCAGUCCUGCUCGUUGCUGGCAGCUCAGUUUAUGAUGCCAACAAUGGGACCGUACCAGUGGUGCUGUGGCAUGGGAUGGGCGACAGCUGCUGUAACCCGCUCAGCAUGGGGGCGAUAAAGAAGAUGAUUGAGGAGGAGAUCUCUGGCGUUUACGUGCUCUCACUGAUGAUUGGAAAGAAUGUCAUUGAGGACACAGAAAAUGGGUUUUUCAUGGACGUGAAUAAGCAGGUGUCCAUGGUGUGCAGUCAGCUGGCUCAGGACCCAAAGUUGAAGGGAGGAUACAAUGCUAUGGGCUUCUCCCAGGGGGCACAAUUUCUGAGAGCUGUGGCUCAGCGCUGUCCCUCGCCACCAAUGAAAACCCUGAUCUCAAUCGGGGGCCAGCACCAAGGAGUGUACGGGUUGCCCCGGUGUCCCGGAGAGAGCUCCCACAUCUGUGACAUGAUCCGCAAAGCUCUGAAUGAUGGAGCAUACUCCAAACUGGUUCAGAAACACCUGGUGCAGGCCCAGUACUGGCACGACCCGUUAAACGAUGACCUGUACAAGAAGUACAGCCUCUUCCUGGCCGACAUCAAUCAGGAGAGGGCCGUAAAUGAGACGUACAGGAAGAAUCUUCAGUUGCUGGAGAAGUUCGUCAUGGUCAAGUUCCUGCAGGACACUGUAGUUGAUCCUGUUGUUACAGAGUGGUUCGGCUUCCUGAAAACCGGCCAGGCCAAAGAGACUGAAACUCUACAGGAGAGCGUUCUCUACAAAGAGGAUCGUCUGGGCCUGGCAGCGAUGGACAAAGCUGGAAAGCUGGUGUUUCUGGCAACCCAGGGAGACCACCUGCAGUUCACCAGAGAGUGGUUCAACGCAAACUUGCUGCCUUAUUUACGCUAAAACACCUCAAGUCAGUUGUUUCGGAGUAAAUAUAAUAUCAGACUAACUGCUGUUCUGUUUCCAUAGCAAUAUAAUGCAAGAGUAAAAGCUUAAUAACUUGGGCAGGGCUGCAGAAAGCACACCAUUCCUUUUGCACUGAUCAGUUGUAGCAUAUUGAGGUUUUGUAAUGUUAAUUUUAGCAGCUAAUUUGUGUGUUGGCGUACAGCUACAUUACCAACACUUAUUUCCACUGCGAGUUGUUCUGAUGAGGUCAAAUUGUUGUUAGAAAUGUUGGAUUGAGACUUUUUUUUUAAGAUAAAUUCUUUCACUAAAUACAUAAUUUAACUGCAUCUGUACAGACUACAUGUUUAAUCAAAUAAAGACAAACAAAACAAA